AUGACCUACUCUGUUGCACAUAGGCUUGUUUGGAGCAGCUAUGGCUGUUACUUUCGCAAGAGAGACGACAAUGGCAAUGGCAAUGGGUGUAAUACCAAGACGGUUAUGGUAGUUCAGGGGUUGAGUGCCGCCAUGGCUGGGGGCAUAUCAGCAUUCAUUACAAUGCUGGAUACAAUUAAGACGAGGCUGCAGUUUCUUGAUCGCAACGACAAUGGCGUAGGACAAACUCUAAGGAAUCUAGUUAGGAAGGGUGGGUGGAGAGCUUGUUACAGAGGCUUGGGUCCAAGGUGGGCAUCAAUGUCCAUGUCUACCACCAUCAUGAUCACCACCUACGAAUUCUUGAAAAGACUUUCCACAAAGAAUCAAGACUAUUGA